AUGUGGAACCCGUGGACAGCAAACGUUGCACGUUCACUCAGCAUUCGCCGGCUUGUCUUUCAUGGCCCUUCUUGUGCUUUUAUCUAUUGUAGUUACGUUUUUCAGCUGCAUAAGAUUUAUGAGACUGUUACUGAUGAGUUUGAAGAUAUUACCGUGCCUGGUUUGACUGAUGAUCAUGAUGAUGAUGUUGGUCAGAGUUUUAAGGUUUCUAAAGCGCAUUCGUCCGCGGAGACUGUUGAUGGGGUGGUUAUGAACACUUUAGAUGAUGUUGAGCUUAUGUUUGUGGAGGCUUAUAAGAAGGAUGAUGAUUUUAGUGCUAGGAUUGUGAGAGGGAACAAGACUGCAGUGGAUCAAGAGAAGUUGUUUGGUUGGCUUGAUUCUAUGGAGGAAAACUCGGUGCUUUAUGUCAGUUUUGGCACUUUGACACAGAUGAAAGUGGGAGAGACAUUGGAGAUUGGAUCAGGACUUGAGGCUUCUGGGGUUCCUUUCAUUUGGGUUAUUAAGGAUGUGGAGAAGUCCCCGGCGGUUGAGGAGUGGUUGGAAGGUCAUUGUGGGUGGAACUCAACGUUGGAGGCAAUAUCAAAUGGUGUGCCAAUGAUCACUUGGCCGCAGAUUGCAGACCAAUUCUUGAAUGAGAGGUUGGUUGUGAAGUUCCUGAGGAUGGGUAUUGCUAUUGGAGUGAAGAAGCCUAUGUUUUAUUUUGGUGAGGAUGAGAUUUCUGUUAGUAGCUCUGAUGUAGAGAGGGCUGUGAGGGGGUUGAUGGGUGAUGGACAGGAGGCUCAGGAGAGGGAGGAUAAGGGCUACAGAGAUUAA